AUGGAUUCAGGCCUUCUUCAGAGAGGCUCUGAGGACCAGUCCCUCCCACCCACAGAGUCGGACUCACAGAGAGGAGUCGUCCCCAAACCCUCCAUCUGGGCUGACCCGGGCCCCAUCGUCACCGAGGGGAGCUCUGUGACCAUCUGGUGUCAGGGGUCUCUGCAGGCUACUGCCUACCUUCUGUAUAAAGAGAGGCGCUCUGAGCCCUGGGAAACGAGGAUCCCACAGGAUUCCAGCAACAAGGCCGGCUUCCUCAUUGGAGCCACGACCCAAUCCCACGCAGGGCUGUACCAGUGUGCAUAUUACACCACUGAGGACAUACUGUCAGAGCAGAGUGACUCCCUGCUCCUGGUGGUGACAGGAGUGGGCGGUGCACCUUCCCUCUCAGUCCACCCAAGCCCUGUAGUGGCCUCAGGAGGGAACCUGUCCCUCUCCUGUACCUCACUGUUCACAUUGGGCACAUUCCAUCUGCUGAAGGAGGGAGGGGCUGACCCACCCCAAAACAUGGAAGCAGAACCGAGGAUGCAUGCUGGGAGGUGGUGGGCCAUCUUCCCUCUGGGCCCCGUGAGCCCCUCCCAUGGGGGGACCUAUAGAUGCUAUGGCUCUUCCAGCACCUACCCCAACGUGUGGUCACAGCCCAGUGCCCCUCUGCACAUCGAGGUCACAGGUGUGCACAGGGAGCCCGCCCUCUCGGCCCAGCCAGGCACGCUGGUGCUGCCUGGACACAGCCUGACCCUCCGGUGCCACGCGGAGGCCGGCUUUGACAGAUUCGCGCUGACCAAGGAAGGGGGCCUCACACACCCCCAGCGCCUCGAUGGGCAGCGCAGCCCCGCCUUCCCCCUGGGCCCCGUGAACCGCACCCACGGGGGCCGGUACAGAUGCUACAGUGGACACCACGGCUCCUCUGCGUGGUCGGCCCCCAGCGCCCCCCUGGACAUCCUGGUGGUAGGAAUGUACAGGAAACCCUCCCUCUCAGCCCAGCGGGGACCCUCAGUGCCCUGGGGAGAGACCGUGACCCUGCGGUGUGGGUCUGAGAUCUGGUUGGACACCUUCCACCUGCACAGGGAGGGGUCACUGGACCCUUUCCAGCACCUUCGUCUGCAGAACACGUCUGCACCCGCUCAGUCCACCUUCACCCUCAGUCCUGUGAGCUCAGGCCACCAGGGGACCUACAGGUGCUAUGGCUCCAACAGCUCCUCCCCCUACCUGCUGUCACAGCCCAGUGACCCCCUGGAGCUUCUGGUCUCAGCAGCCUCUGAGGAUGGGUCCCCAACGGGAGGUCUCAAAUGGAACCUGAUCAUUCUGACUGGGGGGUCAGUGGCCCUCAUCCUGCUGCUCUCCCUCCUUCUCUUCCUCCUCAUCCGACACCGGCGUCAGAGCAAAGGUAGAAAGUUGGCCCAGAGAGAGGUUCAUGUCCAACCUCCUGCAGGGACCACACACCCAGAGCCCAAGGACAGAGGUCUGCAGAUCAGCUCCAGCCCAGUUGUGGACACCCUGGAAGAGCACCUCUAUGCUUCUGUGAAGGACCCACAGCCCGGGGAGAGCAUGGAGCUGGACCCUUUGGCAAAAUGUAAAAUUAUGAACCAUGAAUAUUCAAAUAUAUUAUACAAGAAAAAGGCAAACACAUAGAAACAACCUAAGUGUCUUUGAACAGGAUAAAGAUGUGGUAAUAUAUGCAACCAAAAUUAUUCAGCCAUACAACAUGAAAUAUGGAUGGAUCUGGAAAGUACCCCGCUAAGUGAAAUAAGUCAGACAGAAAAGGACAAGAAUCAUAUAAUUUCACUCAUGUGGUUAUGAAAUUGGAAACUCUGACCCAUCAUGUAUAUUAGAUAUUGAAUAUGUAAUUAAAACUUUU